AGCACGCCAUGCAAUGCCUUGGUCCUUCAACAAGCGCUUCCUGAGUCUCUCUUACACAUACCAUCAGCAGAAAUUUGUUUUCUGAAAUGGGUCUGAAUUCAAACAGAGUAGAGAACUUCUCAGGCAAUGAGGCCACCAUCAUCGGAGUCUCCACCCCAGAGACGACACCGUCAUCACCACCCUUGGAAGUGCACAGAGUUUGCUUGCCACCCAAAGCCACCACAUUCCAGAAACUCAAGCACAGGCUCUCUGAGAUCUUCUUCCCUGACGACCCGCUCCACAGGUUCAAGAACCAGACAUCACUGAGGAAACUCGUCCUGGGUCUUCAGUACUUGUUCCCCAUUUUUCAGUGGGCGCCUGAGUAUGAUCGAAGGCUGUUUCGGUCUGACGUCAUCUCCGGCCUCACCAUUGCUAGCCUUGCGAUCCCACAGGGAAUCAGCUAUGCAAAACUUGCGAAUUUGCCGCCUAUUGUAGGAUUAUAUUCAAGCUUUGUUCCGCCGUUGAUAUAUUCAAUCCUUGGAAGCUCCAGGCACCUCGCUGUUGGACCUGUGUCAAUUGCUUCUCUAGUCAUGGGCUCCAUGCUCAGUGAGACAGUGUCUUAUAGUCAAGAGCCAAUUCUGUAUCUCAAAUUGGCCUUCACAGCCACCUUCUUCGCCGGUCUAUUUCAGGCUUCUUUGGGUCUCUUGAGGUUAGGAUUUGUCAUUGAUUUUCUGUCCAAAGCGACACUGGUUGGUUUUAUGGCCGGGGCUGCAGUUAUAGUGUCAUUGCAGCAGUUGAAAGGCUUGCUUGGGAUUGUCCACUUCACCACCAAGAUGCAAUUUGUUCCUGUUAUGGCCUCUGUCUUCAAACAAAAAGACGAGUGGUCCUGGCAAAGUGUCGUCAUGGGAGUCGGUUUCUUAAUGUUUUUGUUGACAGCGAGGAAUAUUAGCAUUAAAAGACCAAAGCUCUUCUGGAUUUCAGCAGCCGCCCCUUUAACAUCAGUGGUUUUGUCAACUAUUCUAGUUUUCCUCCUCAGAUCAAAAGCUCGUGGAAUCUCAAUUAUUGGCCUCUUGCCAAAGGGUCUGAAUCCGCCUUCAUCAAACAUGCUAUACCUGAGUGGCCCUUAUCUAGCUCUUGCUAUCAAAACUGGCAUUAUAACUGGAAUUUUAUCUCUAGCUGAAGGAAUUGCAGUCGGAAGAACAUUUGCCACUAUGAAAAAUUACCAAGUUGAUGGAAACAAAGAAAUGAUGGCUAUUGGCUUGAUGAACAUUGCCGGCUCCUGUUCCUCAUGUUUUGUCACCACAGGGUCGUUUUCCCGGUCUGCAGUAAACUAUAAUGCGGGGGCGCAAACGGCAAAUUCGAACAUAGUUAUGGCUACAGCAGUGCUAGUUACUCUGCUUUUCCUUAUGCCACUCUUUCACUACACUCCCAAUGUCAUCUUAGCUGCUAUCAUCAUUUCAGCCGUGAUCGGUCUGAUUGAUUAUCAGGCUGCCUUUCGGUUGUGGAAAGUUGACAAGCUUGACUUUCUGGCAUGUUUAUGCUCCUUUGUGGGUGUCCUUUUCAUCUCUGUGCCCUUGGGUCUAGCCACUGCUGUUGGAGUAUCUGUCUUCAAGAUUCUCUUGCAUGUCACUAGGCCAAACACCCUGGUAUUGGGAAAUAUUCCGGGAACUCAUACAUACCAAAGCCUCAGCAGAUACAGAGAAGCAUCAAGAGUUCCCUCUUUUCUAAUACUUGCUGUUGAAUCUCCGAUCUACUUCGCCAAUUCCACCUACCUGCAGGAGAGGAUCAUGAGAUGGGUGCGAGAGGAGGAAGAAUGGAUAAAAGAGAACAAUUGGAGUGCGCUGAAAUGCCUUAUUCUCGACAUGGCGGCUGUCACUUCCAUAGACACGAGUGGCAUCGAAGCAUUAGUGGAAAUCAGGAAGAUGGUGGAGAAGAGAUCUCUCAAGCUUGUUUUGGCAAGUCCUGUGGGGAAUGUGAUGGAGAAGCUACACAAAUCACAGACGCUCGACAGUUUUGGGUUGAACGGAUUGUACAUGACCAUCGGAGAAGCUGUUGCCGACAUUUCUUCACUGUGGAAGUGCCAACCGUGAGUACUGGACAGCUUGGCGCCUAUGUCGGGGAAGGGCACAAGUGAAGAGAGGACUUAAAAAG